AUGUCCCAGAGCGACUCGCCUCCCUCGCGACAGACGACCCCCCUCUCUCGCCGAACUUCAGCAGGAUCGUCCACGAGCGGGACGAGCAGCAACUCGCCGCCGCAGGGCUCACGCGCGGCACCACCGCUCUUCACGAGCCGCACCGGCCCGCAGGGCUCGCCCUCGAGGCGCAGCGCCGUCCCCGUCUCCUCGUCGCCUCUCAGUUCAGGCAGCUCGGCGGCUCGCUCGCGUCGUCGGCAGGACUCGAUUUCGUCCAGCGUCUCCAACACCACCGAUCCCACCUCGUACGAAGAGAGCGGCGAAGAGUGCAUGGGUUCAGAUGGCGGCGACAAGGAGGCGGCGAGUCCGCCGAACGGAGCUCUUGCGCCAGGUUCAGGCGGGAGCGGGCUCGCUCAGGCGCGCAGGACGGGCGGGAGCGCAUCGCUGAGCGUGCAGGACUUGAUGGCAACCGUCCCUGCGGCGUCGUCGGGCGUUUCCUCCUCGGCAUCUUCUGUCUCGAUACCGUCAUCGUCGACUUUCCCCAUCCCUAUCGCUACGUCGAUCCCGCCGUCGUCCGUGCGCCUGAGCACGACACCACUCUUUCCCUCGCCGCUCGCCCAGGCCUCAGCGCCGCACGACGAUCACAGCCGCGGCGAAGAUGGCGACAGUGAGGGAGAGGACGAAGAGGAGGAGGACGAUCCGGUUGACUGGGCUGAGAAGAUGCAGCCGGGGCGGCCGUCAUCUCGCGGAGCAGCUGUGUUUGGAGACCUCGAGCUUUCGCCUCCGCCCGGCAGCAUCGAUCUGCCAGAGUCGAGUCCAGUUGCAUCCACGUCGAGCGAAGCUACUCCUCGACCAGCAGUGCGAAGUCGUCACCGACAGAUGGGCGGCGACACCCGCGACAGCAGCCCCGAAGUCGACUCGUCCCGCUCUGCUCGCUCGCCGCGCGUGCGGUCCGUCGGUAGGGCGAGCGGUCUCUCUGCCGUCCUCAACGCGUCGCCGACCAGCGAAGUCUCGCCAACGAAGCGGAAGUCGCGCGACUCGGGCAGCUUGGCCGGGCUUGGCGUCGAUAUCCGAGGCGCAGGAUCACCUCCAUCACGUAGCGGGUCGAUGUCCGGUAGCUUCGUCUCGUCGGCCUCGCCUCCCUCACCAACAUCGUCUCUCAGCAUCUCGCCCUCAUCGGUUUCUCGCCGCGCGUCUCUCGCCCUCGUCUCAACGCCUCGUCCUUUCCAACCCGGCUCGCCCACGACAAGCCGACUCGCACGUACCUCCGCUGCUCCAAGCGGGUCCAUCAUCUCGGUCCCGUUGCCGUUUCCCGCCGCGCCUCCGCCUUCCGAGUCGAUCAAGCUGCAGAAGGUGCCCGAGUCGGUGCGCAGCGCACUCGAGUUCCGUCAGCCAGCGUCGUUCUCGGGCGAGCCGAUGAGCCUGCCCAACAUCCACGGCUUCGGCCCCUCUACCUCGCCUCCCGACGUCCGCGUCCCGAAAACCCCCCUCGCAACGCGUGCACCCUCACCCGCCUCGUCUCCCUCGUCCCGCUCCUCGCGCAAUUCGCCAAACACGUCUCGCACCCCGUCUCGUCUUCCGUCCCGACAGAGUAGCUCCGAAAAGCUGCAGGGCAUCAGCAUCUCGCCGCCUCCCGAUCGCAGCACAUCCUCGAUGGCUUCUUCCGCCUUUGCGCCUCUCUUCCCUUUCACAACGUCUGCUGCGUCGCCCGCGAUCGGCUCGACGAGGACGCGAGACCGCUCGAGGAGUAUCAGCGUGUCGACCGAACAGGCUGCUCUCGGCACCCCUUGGCCGAGGUCUGCAGUAGAAGGCAAGACCGCGCAGUUUCCAACGAAGGACCUGCCUGUCUCUCCGCCUACGGACCUCCUCACACCGUUCGAGGGGUCGAGGCGGAAGCCUAUGCACACGCCCUCGGCUUCCAUCUCGAGCAUCGGCGGCUUCUCGCCCUCCUCUCGCCUCGCCACACACCGCACGUCGAUUGCACCUGCAGGUGUCGGCGUCGGGAACGACAGCACGGACGAGUACGCCCAGAUCAUCCUUUCGACCCGCAACGCCAAGGUGCGGAAGUGGAAAACGUCAGGUACUUCGGUCUCGACGCUCGAGGCGGGGACUGUCGGAGCGGGCAAGACGUGGACGAACCUGGGCGAGACAAGCGAGGAGGCUGUCGAGUCGACUGCGGACGGCCAGGCUGUUGCGAAAUACGAGGUGCAGCCCGAGACGAAGGAGAUCGAGUGGGUCGAUUGGCUGGACGAGUACAGGAAGAUGAAGGAGGCGAAGCUGAAGGCUGAUGAGGCGGGAGAAGGGGACAGUGACGAGGAGGCGAUCGAGGAGGACGAGCGAGGGGAAAAGGCGGAAGAGGCUGGAGAUGCGCGAGCUGCGGCGCAGAAGGGCAAGGCGGUGCAGACGAGGGUCACGACGCCGAGCCCGCCUCGACGGGAGGAUUACAAGCCAGCGGAGCCAGCUCUCACUGCCGCUCAGAAGGGCAAGGCGAAGGCGACGACAACCGAUUUCAACUCGUUCGAGGCGGCUACGACACCAAAGUCGUCGGUCGUCACGACCGGCUUCCUCACGCCAAGCGUCCCGCUGAGCCAGCAGAGCUACUUCCCGCUCGCGGCUCAUGUCGGCGGCGCGAGUUCCGCCGGCGCCUCGUUCCAGCCCAUCACGACGGCUACGCCGAUGACGAUUGCCGACCCGUUCGAUUUUGCCCCGCUGCGCAAGACCGUCUCGACAGCCGGCAGCACCGCGUCGGGUUUGGGAAGCUCGCCAGGCGGGAAGCGACGGCGGAACUUUGCCAAGCUCGGCAACAAGAUAGACGCCUGGUGGAGCGCUGUCAGGACGAGCUUUGCGACGACGCCGGACGAGCGAACACGACAUCGCCGUACCUCGACAGACCAUCCCGCAUUGUCGAAGAUGUCGACAAUCGAGCCCAUGGCGUCGCGUACAUCGUCGCAGUUCACGCGACCGAGCUCUCCACCCGGCUCCGCCAGGCUUCGGAAUGUCGCUUCAGCCCAAGAUCUCUCGCGCUCGUUCGCACCGCAGAUUCCGCCGCACAUGACGAACCCGUUUCACGACCGCGUUCCUGCUGGCGCACUCGCUCCCGGCGCCCGCAUCGACUCGUCCCGCCGCAACAAGUCGCCUGGCUCGGUCCGGUCAGGGGAAGAGAGCGACAGCAACGCGACCUCCCGUACUCGCCGCAACCCGCACCUCUCGCUCAACCUCGGACCCUCCUUCAAUCAGAUGCUGCCGCCACGCGUCUCGCCGAGGAGCUCGCCAUCUCCCCACUCGACACCUGGCGAGCGUCCUUCCUCUACCGACAGGCAGCAGCCGGCGGGUUCGUCGACGACGGCACAGCCGGCAGCUGCAACGCCUACGUCGCCGCCAGACGAGCCGAGCCUGACGCCUGGUCACUCGCCCAUGUGGGAUCGUACCCCAGGACUCGUGCCGAUCUCGUCUCAUUUCCCGUUACGCGAGCGCAAGGUCUCGACAGCCACGACGUCCCGCCCAAAAGUCUUGAAGGACGGCAAGGGGUCCUCGUCUUUCUCCAUGCAAACGGUGCAGCAGCAGAUCCGGCAGCGCCUCUCGAGCGCGAAGGAGAACUGCGACAAGGAGCUUCGGCGCAUCAUCGCCGGCAUCACCAACUACGUCGAAACCGACCUGCACAAGGAUGUCGGUACGCCUCUGCCGCCGGCUCCCGCCGACGUCGGUGCACGCUUCGGCCAGCUCGUGUCGGAAGAGGGCGGUAGCGGGCGAGGCUACGGGUCGCCGGCAGAGUUUGAGGACUCGGGAAGCGAGGCGGUGAUGGACGUCGACGAUGAACCGGUCGAAGAGCUCGCCUACACCGACUCCGACGGCGCAGGGACCUGCAUCCCGCCUUCGCGACUUAAGACGCCGCACAUCUCGACCGACACUCCGACGAACGACGGCCGCCGGCGCUCGCUCGUCCCACGCACGCGGUCCAAGUCGCCACGUCGCGCUUCCCUCGCCGCCCGCCAACGUCGUCUGACGAGCGUUCCGUGGGACGCGAGCUCGCUUGGCGAGCGCAAGACUCGCUCCGCAUCUGGCUCGAACGCCUCGUCGCGCUCGAACUCGCAGUCGCGAUCCCAUUCGCCCAUGCCACCGGGUCGUCGUCACGUCAGCGGUUCUCGAUCCCCUGGUCACUCGAGUCUCGGCCACCAGCCGUCCAGCCACACCAACCUCGCCGAGUCGGCCUUCAUCGUGCUUCUCCAGGAAAUCAUCACCGUCGCGACCGAGAUUCUCGACACUCCCAUCGCCAAGCUCACCUCCAAGCCCGGCUCGUGCGCCGAGUACAUCGCGCGCGUGCAGCAGAUCGGCGAAGCCUGGAACGACAACCCCGAGCUGCCCUGCCGGGGAUGGUACGUUCAGCUGCUGCUGGCCGUCGCAGGCCUGAGUCGCGUGGUCGAGUGGUGGGAGGCGGAGAAGGGCUUCUGGUCCUUCGAGGACGGCGCCGACGACAACGGCGAACCGAUCUUGUUCGUCGCAAAGCCAACGGUCGAGGACUCGCCAGAGGUGCGAGCCCGAGGCGAGAGCCUGUCGUCCGUCCGCACCUCGUCGCUGCAGUCUCCACAGCCGAAGUGGUCUCCUCUCGGCAUCGAUUUGGGCGACCGGGCAGAUGCGAUGAGCGAGGCGGGUGGGAGGACAAGGGAGGUCUCGACAGCCGUAGGCGAGGACGACUCGCAGCAGCGCGUCGAAGACUUGCACGAGGCGGUCGAGACGAUCCGCUCGCAGACUCUGCUCAUGGAGCUCAGUCUCGACGGCCAGCUCUUCCAGUACCUCAGUUCCGCCUGGCAGGAUCUCGUCGGCAUCGAGCCGGAAGAAUGUCUCGACACGCCCAUCUCCGACUUCCUCUACCCCGACGACGCCGCCGUCUUUGCGGAGGCGACCCGCCAACUCGAGGCCGACGACUCGCACACCGUCGAGGUCAGCUUCCGGUUGCGAGUUGCCUCCGCGUCGCAGACAUCUCAAGACGACUCUCCGCCUGAAGACCUCUUCGAGGCUAUGGAAGGGAAGGGCAUGCUCAUGCUCGAUGGCUUGACCGGCAGCCCCUCGCACACCAUGUGGGUUGUCCGGCCAGCGCCGUACUCCGAGGCCGUCGACCAGUCGAACCAAUCACUCGGCCGCUACGGGCUCGACGGCGUUCAGUGGCGAUCGACAAGCGAUCCGUCAUUCUUCCUCUCGCCGGGUCGUCUCAAUCUCGAGCCGAUUCUGUGCCGCAUCUGCGAACGUCCGACUCCGGCCUGGUUCUUCGAGAAGCAUAACGAGACGUGCAACGAGGUCCACCGACUCGAAGGCGACAUCUCUGAGUGCAACGACCGGCUCAAGGAGCUCCUCCGCACGGUCGACGAGCUCGUCGCCCACCUCGACCAUCGCCGCGAGCAAGGCGCAGGCGACUCGAGCGAGGACGGCGACGGCGAGGAUGACGAUGCAGUCGAGUACCGAGGGAUUCCCCUGACGCUGUCGCCUGCUGCCACGCCGCCGACUUACCUGGAAGGCCUGCGUCCGCCGCUCGAUGCGAGACACAGCCCCAGUCCGUCUCAGCAGGUCAGGCGGUCGCAGCAACGCGUCUUCGAGCACGUCCGCGAGAUCACCCAGAUCGCCUUGUCCAUCUCGACGCCAUCCGUCUCUGACGAGACUGGCGAGAUUCCGAUCCAGGAGCAGCGCUUGCUCAGCCCGAAUUCCGAGAACAAUCUGGCCGCCGUCAUGCGCUGGCAAAGACCGUCGACGGAAGAGGCGGCGUUGACCCGCCUUGUGUCGGACACGGAGGAGCAAAUUCGCUUCAAGCUGAACAGCGUCAACCGCCUGCGCAACACGAUCUUGUACGCCGAGAAGGUUCGCCAGGAGUGGGAGAUCAAGGCCCGUGAGGCCAUCGAGGCGUUGCAUGCGGCGGGAACCACGCAGACCCGCCAGCCAUCGCCGCUUCCCUUCGACUCGCCUCAGCUUCAGCCCUUGCAGUUCGACGACGACUCACCUCGCCACCUCGAUGCUCUCGACCUGCACCGCCCGUCGCAGAACCUGCGCCGACAAGGCUCGCAGCCCCUCAGCCUGCUCUCGCCCAACCUAGUUCCAGACGACGGAUCCGGCCUCUCGUCCAGCCCGAGCGCCAACCUCGCCUUGUCCCCUCGCAUCCCUGCCGUUGUCCCGUCGUCGCGGACGAAGCCCUCCUCGAUCAAGGACUUCAAGGUCAUCAAGCCGAUCUCGAAGGGAGCGUUCGGAUCCGUCUACCUCGCCAAGAAGAUCACGACGGGCGACUACUACGCGAUCAAGGUGCUCAAGAAGUCGGACAUGGUGGCAAAGAAUCAAGUUACGAACGUCAAGGCGGAGCGGAUGAUCCUCAUGACGCAGACCGACUCGGAAUUCGUCGUCAAGCUCUACUACACCUUCCAAUCGAAGGACUACCUCUACCUCGUCAUGGAGUACCUCAACGGCGGCGACUGCGCCGCUCUCGUCAAGAACCUCGGCGGCCUGCCAGAGGACUGGGCGAAGCGCUACGUCGCCGAAGUCGUCGUCGGGCUCGACCACCUUCACUCGUCGGGCAUCAUUCACCGCGACCUCAAGCCCGACAACCUCCUCAUCGACUCGAAGGGCCACCUCAAGCUGACGGACUUUGGUCUGAGCCGCAUCGGUCUCUUGGGCCGCCAAACCCAGCUGCCGAGCGCGCGGGACCGCCGUCCGCCCAUCUACGGCCGCUCGAGCUCGGGCGCUCUCUCCAAUGCGUCGUCACCGCUGCAGACGCCCGCUCUCGCCGCACAAUCCCCGGCCGGUUACUUCGGCAAUGUUCCCAUCACUGACAGCUUCUCGCUCGACACUCCGUCCGAGUCGAGCGGUUCGAGCCUCCCACCAUCAUCCCAUGCCCGCGCCGUUUCCGCCCGAAGCCCUCAAGUAUCGGCAUCGCGUCCUGUCGGCGUCGUCGGUCCACCUGGAGCCGCCGCAGAGACGCCCAACAAGCACUUCGUCGGCACGCCCGACUACCUCGCCCCGGAGAGCAUUCUCGGCGUCGGCAUGGACGCUUGCGUCGACUGGUGGGCCCUCGGAGUUAUCUGUUACGAGUUCCUCUACGGCUUUCCGCCCUUCCACGACGAGACGCCCGAGAAGGUUUUCGAGAACAUCUUGUCGCGCCGCUUUGAGUGGCACGAGGACGCCAUCGAAAUCUCGCCAGCGGCGCGCGACUUCAUCGACAAGCUGCUGGCGCCGGACCCGGCUCGACGUCUCGGCACGAAGGGUGCUGCAGAAGUCAAGGCGCACCCGUUCCUCGCCGACAUCGACUGGGACAACCUGCUCAAGCAGCCUGUCGACUUCGUCCCCAAGGUGACGGAUCCCGAGUCGACCGACUACUUCGACCCUCGGGGCGCGACGGAGCAAGAGUUCAAGGAAGAGGACGGAGCCGAAGACCCCGCGGUCGCAAACGACCCAGCCGUCGCGCAGAUGCAGCAAGAACCUCCGACGCCUUUCAGGCCGCCCAACUUCGGAGACGCUGCUCGAACUCCACGGGAGCGAGCUGGCACUGCGCCCGUCCGCCGCGAGACGGACGACUUCGGCACGUUCAACUUCCGCAACCUGACGGUCCUCAAGCAGGCCAACGACGACGUUAUCCGCAAGCUCAAGGACGAGCAGCUCCUGCCGCCCUCCUCAGGACUGCCCUUGUCUUCGCUCAAGACCUCGGCACGCAGUCGCGGCGGCAGCAUCGACAUUCGCGCAGGCGGGUUCGCCCCAUCGUCACCCUCAUCCGCGUCCAUCAGCUCCAGCAACUCGGGUCUGCUGCGGGGUCAGCCUUCUUCCUCCCCCUUCGGCGGCCCAACACGCUCGCGCGAGCCCUCAGAGUCGGCAGACAUCAAGAUGUCGGUCUCCGUUUCGCCAGGGACGGAGCGCUUCCGCGCACGACAACCGAGCUUCGGCUCCACCGGCGGCCGUCCAGGCGGGCUGCACCAACGACGGAACUCGCUUCCCUCGAGGUUCCGCAAGGUGUCAGUCUCCGAGCCAACGUUUGAGCCUGAACAUCCCGCUCUUCCGCAAGAUUGGGCAACCGGGUCGGGCCGACGAAGGGUGUCGGUCGCUCAGUCACCCGCCCCGUCAACCCUGUCGUCUCCGUUAUCCGCCAUCGAGCCUCUGCCGCCCCUCAGCAUCCCCGAGCCGCAGUAUGAGGACGUCGAGUCGCACUCUGCGCCACCCGUGCCAGCACCCAUCGACACGGCCUUGCGCGCCUCGCCCUCUCCCGCCUCGGCCGGCCCCGCUUCAAGCAGGCUCGCCACGAUCGACUGCCUCGUCGCCGGAAGGAACCCUAUCGUCACCAAGGUCCUCGAGACGAUGCUGCAGCGACUCGGAUGCCGCGUUGUUGUCGUGCCAAACGGAGCGGAGGCGAUUCUCGCAGCCGGCGGCAUCCCCUUCGACGUCUUGUUCUUGGACCUCGCGAUGCCGGUCGUCGACGGCGAGAAGGCGGCUCGAAUGAUCAAGAGUACCGUCAACCCGUCAACCAAUGCGCCCAUCGUUGCGGUUUGCUCACAGCCGGCCGCCAUUGACGAUGCCGUCGGGACGCUCUUCGCUGCCACCCUGAGCAAGCCAAUUAUGAAGGCGGACCUCCUCGCAGUUCUCGCCCACCUCGGCUUCAAGGUCGAGGUCAAGCAGAACGAGGAGCGUCGCAGUUCGGACGGCAACGUUUCGGUUGGCUCGUCGACGCGGACGAACGAGGAACGGCGUGGCUCUGCUUGA